AUGAAGGAUCUUUUGUCUAAGAAGAGGAAGUUGAAAGAUGGUGAGACUGUGGCUUUAACAGAGGAAUGUAGCGCCUUGAUUCAAAAGAAGCUUCCUCCAAAGUUAAAGGACCCAGGUAGUUUCAGCAUUUCUGUUGCUAUUGGAGAUGUGGAAGUAGGAAAAGCACUUUGUGACUUGGGAGCCAGUUUAAAUUUGAUGCCACUAUCUGUCUGCAGAGCUUUGGGGAUUAACAAGUUGAAAGCCACUAAUGUUAUUCUACAUUUAGCAGAUAGAUCAAUUAAGAGACCAGAAGGGGUGGUAGAAGAUGUUCUGGUCAAGGUGGAUAAAUUCAUUUUCCCUGUAGAUUUUGUAAUACUAGAUAUGGGAGAGAAGGAUACUGAAAGUCCUCUACUCCUAGGGAGGGUGAAUGAAGAAACAAUCACCAUUGAUGUGUUUGAAGCUAUUAAACAUUCUGUUGAUGUGGAGGAUUGUUUCAAAAUUGAUAUCAUACAGGAGGUUGUGAAAGAAGUGAUAGGAGAAGAAAACUCUUCACUUGAGGGAGACAAAUUCAAGGAGGAAACAAGUGUGGAAUACUAUGCGGAAGAACCGAAAGUAGAAGAGCUGGAAAAGAAAAUAGAUGAUAUUCCUAAGGGAGCACCCAAGGUGGAACUUAAAGAACUUCCAUCAAAUCUCAAGUAUGUGUUUCUUGGAGAUGAUCAAACAUACCCAGCCAUUAUUAAUGCAUUGUUGUCUGAAGGGGAGGAAGUAAAGUUGAUUGAAGUUCUUAAAAAGAACAAGACAUCUAUAGGAUGGUCAUUUUCAAACCUCAAGGGUAUCAACCCUUCUUUCUGCACUCAUAAAAUAUUGAUGGAAGAUGAGGUUAAACCAGUAAGGCAACCAUAG